AGCUGGUGGUGGGGAUGGGGGCUCCUCUCUGAAGGGGCAAAUAUUACCCCCUGGGCCUACACACUGGCACAACCAUGAUAUUUAUAGAGUCUCACAACUACCCCCUGAGCCUGGGGGGAGGGAUCAGCAGCGGCUUUUUAGAAAUGUGGGUGAAGGCACAGAGGAGUGAUCUGCCCUGCAGCCCUGCUGUUUCCAGUGUUUGUUUCCCCAUCACCAGUGCCAAGUCCUAGUUAUCCUUGUGGUGAGUCCUCUAGCACCAACACCCCCUUUCCCCCUGGGACCACACUGGCCCUGGAGCAUGGGAGGAGGAGGCCUUUCCAUAGUCUCCUGAUUUCUCAUGUGAUGUGAUGGUGAGGUCAGCAAGCCUGUGAGACGGUGGUGUGCUGGAAAUGAGCAGAAACGCAGUUCAAGUGAUUCAUAGUGAAACGUUGCUGGAGACUAACCAUGCUGGCUGAAUCCUCUUCCCCCAGGCCUGAGGGGCUUUGGCUGGGUCUGGGGGCACCCAUGCCACCUGACGUCUGCAGGGCCUGACCGCCGCACCUCUGGAUCUGCUUUGCUAAGGCAUGGAGGCAGAAGACAUUUCAAGAGCUGAAGACACAGUUGAGUAUCCGGGUUCCAAAAAUGAAGGCCAGCCUGAUGUUGCUCAGCCUGACCUCCCACGUGGAGGGCAAUCUCCUGGUCCCACUGCUCUCUGGGAGACGCUAGAGAAGAAAUUUCUGGAAUACCAGAAGUUGGCCCAUGGGAGCCCUUCUGAACAUCAGCAGAGCCUGUUGGAUCUCCUCCCACUGUUCCUGAAGGCCUGGGAAAACUCUGUGGGGAUCAUCUGCUUUCCCAGUCUCCAAAGGCUGGCAGAAGAUAUUUCUAACCAGCUCGCCCAAGAGAUACAGAAGGCACUUGUGGGAAAGCCUGCAGAGCAAGCGAGGGAGGCAGCUGGCCAGUUGCUGCGGUGGAAGGGGGAUGUGGAUCAGGACGGCUACCUGCUCCUGAAGUCAGUGUUUGUGCUCACGGGGACAAACGCGGAGACCCUGGGCAGAGUUGCUGAGUCUGGCCUUCCAGCCCUGCUCCUGCAGUGCCUUUACCUCUUCUUCGUCUUUCCUCUGGAAAAGGACGAGCUUAUUGAGAGUGAUGUUCAAGUUCAGAGGAUGUUCGUGCAGAUGUUGCUGAACAUUUGCAGUGAGUCUCAGGGGCUGGAGAGACUUCUAUCAGGAAAUGAGCUCCAAUCUCUAGUGAUUGCCACUACCUGUCUCCGGGAACACAGCUGCAGUUUUUGGAAGGAGCCCACCUUCUGCGUGCUCAGGGCGAUCUCCAAAGCUCAGAACCUCGGCAUCAUCCAGUACCUGCAGGCCAUGGAUUGCAUCAAACUGUCCCUUCAGAACCUCUCCAAGCUUGCAGACAGCCUCCCGGCUCCCGAGGUGAGCGAGGCAGUGAACCUCAUCUUGGGCUUUGUGAAGGACUCCUACCCUAUCUCCUCAGCUCUGUUCCUAGAGUUCGAAAAUGGAGAAGGCUACCCUCUGCUCCUCAAAGUGUUGCUUAGGUACAAUGGCCCGACACAGAGCGAGGUGGACCCCCACCUGGAGGAGCUCCUUGAUCUGGUGGUGUGGCUGACCACUUGUGGGAGGUCGGAGCUGAAGGUGUUUGACAGUGUCACGUACCCUCAGCUGGAAGGCUUCAAGUUCCAUCACGAGACUACUGGGGUGACUGUUAAGAAUCUUCAGGCCUUCCAAGUCCUACAGAAUGUUUUCCACAAAGCCGGCAACCCCGUCCUCUGCACCAAGGUCCUGGCCGCCAUCAGGACCAUGUGGGCCUGGAAUGCCCGCAACUUCUUCUUACUGGAGUGGACCCUGCAGCCCAUCUCUCAGUUUGUGGAGAUCGUGCCCCUGAAGGCAGCCCCAGUGCAGAAGCACUUCUUCCAGCUGCUGGAGGCCCUGGUGUUCGAGCUGCAUUAUGUGCCCCACGAGAUCCUGCGGAAGGUGCAGUGCCUGAUCAAGGAGAGCCCUGAGUCGCCCUGCACCCUGGUGGCCCUGCAGAGUGUGCUCAGAAUAGUCGACAGGGACCUGCUCUUCACCGACAUCUUCCGGGACUCCGGUCUGCUGGGCCUGCUGCUGGCCCAGCUGCGGAAGCGGGCCAAGAUCCUGAGGAAGUCAGGAAACAAAGAGUCCUCGCUUGAUGUGCAUGGUACAGAGAGAGAACUGACCUGUGUGAUGCUGAGAACUGUAGUCACACUUCUGAAAGGCUCAGUACGAAAUGCAGUUGUCCUGAAAGACCACGGCAUGGUGCCCUUCAUCAAGAUCUUCCUGGAUGAUGAGUGGUACCGGGAAGCCUCACUCAGCAUCUUGGAGCAGCUCUCCGUCAUCAACGCUGAGGAGUACAUGAGCAUCAUUGUGGGCGCUCUGUGCUCGUCCACUCAAGGCGAGCUGCAGCUGAAGCUGGAUCUUCUGCAGUCUCUACUCAGGAUCCUGGAGACCCCCAAAGGCCGUGCCGCUUUCAGAGUGUCCAGUGGCUUCAAUGGACUCCUGUCCCUGCUCUCUGACCUGGAGGGGUCUCUCCAGGAGCCCCCACUGCAGACGUGGGGGAUGGUGUCCCCCAGCCAAACCCUGGACCUGGUCCUGCACACCCUUCGUGCCUUGUCCGCGGCAUUGCACCUGGACCCUGUCAAUGGGGACUUCUUCAAGAGGAACGGGCUUUUUGAGAAGCUGGCCGAGGACCUCUGUUUGCUGGGUUGUUUCGGAGCCCAGGAGGAAGAGGGAGCCCCUCUGCACUCCGGGGCGGACACAAAGGCCAGGCCAUUUGCUGAUUUGCUGAGUGUGGCCUUCACCUCUGCCAGCCCACUCCCACCCAAGAUACAGAGCUGCCUCCAGGUCCUCAGCUUUCUGGACAGCAUGGCCAGUGGCACCCUCCACCUGCGCAGAGACCUGAAGGAGUUCCCAAGGGCUGGGCAGGACCCAGUUGUGAAUGCCCAGAAGGAAGAAGCUGGCGGGGACUCCCAAGGAAACUUCAAGCAGUGGCCAGACCUGGAGGAGAGGGUGGAUGAAGGAGACGCUGUGAUCAUGCACCCCGGGGUCCUGUGCGUCAUGGUGAGACUGCUGCCUCGGUUGUACCAUGCAGACCAUCCCCAGCUUUCCCAGGAGAUCCAGUGCUCCAUGGCCAGUCACAUCCAGUCCCUGGUGAAAUCGGAGAAGAACCGUCAGGUCAUGUGUGAGGCAGGGAUGCUCAGGACCCUCAUGGCCUCCUGCCAUACAGCCCUGACCGCCAGCCCCAGCCCCUUGCACUCCGGCCUCAUCAGGAUUUUUGAAAAGCUUGCCUCCCAAGCCAUCGAACCAGACGUGUUAAGACAGUUUCUCGGUCUUGGAAUUCCCCCACCUCCAUCAUCGGCUGCAAUGAAAAUCCUCCAUUCAUCUUCUGUGCACAGAGGGGACUCUGGAGGCUCAGGGUCCCAGGCUGGCACAGCCGGGACUGCUGAAGGUCCCGCAGGAGCUGCCCUGGAUGCCAGCCCCGGCCCGGCAGUCACACAGGCCCUCAGGCCCUCGGGGACGUCCCCCAGCUCAACCACCGCCCUUCAGACCUCGCUAAGCCUCAUCUCCAUGACCUCCCCGCGCCACCUGCAGCCUCAGAGGGCGGUCCUGGCUCCAUCGUUUGUGGAAUUCGACAUGACCGUGGAAGGUUAUGGCUGUUUGUUUAUUCCGACCCUGUCUACAGUUAUGGGAAGCAGCACAGAGUAUCUGGUCUCUGGAGGGAUUGGGACAGGUGCAGCCAGGGCAUUCCCUCCGUCUGGGGGCCUGACCUUCUCCUGCUGGUUCCUGAUCGGCAGGCACAGCACAGUCAUUGAGGGCCACCCUCUGCGCUUCCUAACCCUGGUGCGUCACCUGGCCAGGACUGAGCAGCCCUUCGUCUGCUUCUCUGUCAGCCUGUGUCCAGACGACCUCUCCUUGGUUGUGUCUACGGAAGAGAAAGCAUUUCAACCCCUGGACAUCAUGGAACCCGAGGAGGAUCCUGAGCCUUCCGCCGGACGCCAGCUUCGGGUCAGGUGUGGCCAGCUGCUGGCCUGCGGUCAGUGGCACCACCUGGCUGUGGUGGUCACCAAGGAAAUGAAAAGGAAUUGCACCGUCUCCACCUAUCUGGAUGGACAGAUCACUGGCUCAGCCAAGAUGUUGUAUAUUCAGGCCUUACCAGGGCCUUUCCUUUCAAUGGAUCCAUCUUCAUUUGUGGAUGUUUAUGGAUAUAUCGCUACCCCUCGAGUUUGGAAACAAAAGUCGUCAUUAAUAUGGCGUCUUGGCCCUACAUACCUCUUUGAAGAAGCCAUCUCAAUGGACACUCUGGAAGUUAUUAACAAACUUGGCCCAAGAUACUGUGGUAACUUCCAAGCUGUGCAUGCCCAAGGAGUGGACCCUGAUACAGAAGCAACGCCCCUGGUUGCGGAGGAAAGGAUUUCCUUUGGCCUUCACUUGGCCAGCUCCUCCACCACCAGUGUGACAGACAUCAGAAACACUUACAGUGAGGUGGACAGCCGCCUGAUUGCCAAAGAGAUGAACAUUUCAUCCCGUGACAAUGCCAUGCCUGUGUUCUUGCUAAGAAAUUGUGCUGGCCACCUCUCGGGUUCUCUUCGAACCAUUGGAGCUGUGGCUGUGGGCCAUUUAGGCGUAAGGGUGUUCAACUCCAUCCCAGCAGCCAGCAGCCUGGACUUCAUUGGUGGGCCCACCAUCCUCCUGGGCCUCAUUUCCUUAGCGACAGAUGACCACACCAUGUAUGCGGCCGUGAAAGUCCUGCACUCUGUCCUGACCAGCAAUGUCAUGUGUGAUCGCUUGAUGCAACACAUCUGUGGGUACCAGAUAAUGGCUUUUCUCCUGAGGAAAAAGACCUCUCUCCUGAACCACCGAAUUUUUCAGCUCAUCCUCUCCAUUGCUGGCACUGCCGAACUAGGCUUCGGGUCAUCUGCUGUCACCAAUGUUGGCGUCUUUCGACACAUCCUCUGCAAUUUUGAGCUCUGGAUGAAUACUGUGGACAACCUGGAGCUCUCCCUCUUUUCCCACCUUGCGGAAAUCCUUCGAUCACCAAGGGAAGGACCCCGGAAUGCUGAAGUUGCUCACCAGACACAGCUUAUACCCAAGCUCGUCUUCCUCUUCAAUGAGCCGGGCCUCACCUUCUCCAAGAUCCCCACCAUCAUUGCCAUCCUGGGCUGUCAGCUGAGGGGCCACUUCAGUAUCCAGGACUUGCUCAGAAUCGGGCUGUUUGUUGUAUACACCCUCCAGCCUUCUUCUGUGAACGAGAGGCAGAUCUGCGUGGAUGCGGGCCCGGACUCCUCAGUGCCUGCUGGAAGCCAAACAUCUGGAAAGACAAUCUGGCUCAGAAACCAGUUGCUGGAGAUGCUGUUCAGCGUAAUAUCUUCUUCCCAACUUCAUCUGUCCUCUGAGACAAAGGAAGAGAUGUUUCUGAGCCUGGGGCCUGACUGGUUCCUGCUCCUCGUGCAGGGCCAUGUGCAUUCCAGCACCACCGUGCUGGGGUUGAAACUGCUGCUGCACUUUUUGGCAAGCCCCUCUCUCCGUGGGCGAUUUAAAGAUGGCCUGUGUGUGGGAUCCUGGGUGGAGCGCAGCUCUGAGGGCGUGGACAUUGUGAUAGAUAACCUGAAGAGCCAGCCCCCCACGUCUGACCAGAGCCCCUGCCUACUUCCUGGGUUCCGAGUCUUGAAGGAAUUUCUGGGCCACCAUGUGCACAUUCCGGAAGUCUACCUCAUCGUGUCCAGCUUCUUCCUGCAGACGCCACUUACAGAGUUGACAGAUGGGCCCAAAGGUAGCCUGGACGCCAUGCUCCAGUGGCUCCUGCAGAAGCACCACAACGAAGAGGUCCUCCGGGCUGGGCUGUGCACUGAAGGUGCCCUGCUGCUUCUGGAAAUGCUGAAAGCCACCAUGAACCAGCCCUCAGGAGGCUCUGGAGAUGACGCCUGGGAACGGACUUUCCCUGCCAGCGUGCUGCAGUUCCUUGGCCUUGUGCACAGCACCUACCCCCAGGAUCCUGCCUGGCGGUCCCCGGAGUUCCUCCAGACAUUGGCUGCAGUCACCUUCCCUCUGGGAACCCGCAAGGAACCCAUGACUCAGCCUGCCCAGAACGCCAGCAGCCCGGGGACUGAAGCCGAAGGCGAUGGCAUUGCAGAGGGUCUGCAGGCUCCUGCCAUGUCACAUCCCACCCGGAGGCAGCUGAGGGAGUUCAUGCAGCUACUCUUGAGGGAGUUCUUGCUGGUGGCCUCCAACCCCAAGCAGUGGCUGCCACUGGAAGUGCUCCUGGAGGCUUGUCCGGACAACGCCACCAGCCAACAGAAGCGAGACUUCCAGUCUGAGGUCCUGCUUUCCACCAUGGAAAUAUUUCACACACUGAGUGGAGGCAACGUGCCCAUGCUCAGAGGCAGUAAAGAGCCUCAGCCAAAUACAGAAGCUGCUGCUACUCCUUCACUUGCAAACAUCUCCCACUUCACCCAGAAGCUGGUGGAGAAACUGUACAGUGGGAUGUUCUCAGCAGACCCCAGACAUGUUCUUCUCUUCAUCACAGACCGCAUCGUGGUGGUCAUCGAGAAUGCCUCUUCUCAAAAGGAUGCUGGCAUCAGUGCUUUAUACAGCAGUUUAAAUAAAGUCAUUCUUUACUGCCUGUCCAAGCCCCAGCAAUCCCUCUCCGAGUGCCUCAGUCUUCUCAGCAUCUUAGGCUUCCUACAGGAACACUGGGACAUUAUCUUUGCUACUUAUAACUCCAACGUCAGCUUCCUCCUGUGUCUCAUGCACUGCUUUUUGCUGCUCAAUGAGAGAAGUUAUCCAGAAGGAUUUGGAUUGGAACCCAAGCCUAGAAUGACUCCUUACCAUCAAGUCUUUCUUUCUCCAAGUGAGGAAGGGAGAGAAAAAGGAGAGGAAGACUUCCCAAGUUUGAGUGAUGUCCAGCACAACAUCCAAAAGAUGGUGCGGACCCUCUGGCAGCAGCUCGUGGCACAGAGGCGGCAGGAGCUGGAGGACACCUUCAAGAUUGAUCUCUCUGUGAAACCUGGAGAGAGUGAAGUGAAGAUUGAAGAGAUUACCCCACUCUGGGAGGAGACGAUGCUCAAGGCCUGGCAGCAUUACUUAGCAUCUGAGAAGAAGUCACUGGCCAGUCGCUCGACUGUGGGACACCACAGCAAAAUGUCUUCAUGGAGUGGCAGCUUGUCUUCAGCCAUGAGGCUGAUGCCAGGGCGGCAGGCCAAGGACCCUGAGUGCAAGACAGAGGAUUUUGUGUCAUGUAUCGAGAACUACAGAAGAAGAGGACAGGAACUAUAUGCAUCUUUGUACAAAGAUCAUGUACAGAGGCGGAGAUGUGGCAACAUCAAGGCAGCCAACGCCUGGGCCAGGAUUCAGGAGCAGCUUUUUGGGGAGCUGGGCUUGUGGGGCCAGACAGCAGAAACCACACUUUGCUCCAGGUGGGAACUGGACUGGAGAGAAGGACCAGCUCGCAUGAGGAGACGCAUCAGACGCUUGUCUCCCCUGGAAACUCUGAGUUCAGAAAGGCUCAAGGAAAACCAAGACAGAAACGGCAGUGUUUCAGAAACAAAUGUUGAAAAGCAAGAUGAUCUGACACCAAAGGAAGCCGAGAGCAGAAGAGAGGAGGUGGCAGUGGACUGCACCCAGCUGACCUUCUUCCCUGCCUUACAUGAAAGUCUGCACUCCGAAGAUUUCUUGGAACUAUGUCGGGAAAGACAAGUUAUUUUACAAGAGCUCCUUGAUCAUGAAAAGGUGACACAGAGGCACUCCCUGGUGAUCGUGCAGGGCCAUCUGGUCUCGGAAGGGGUCCUGCUCUUCGGCCACCAGCACUUCUACAUCUGCGAGAACUUCACGCUCUCUCCCGUGGGGGAUGUCUACUGUACCCGCCACUGCUUAUCCAACAUCAGCGAUCCAUUCAUCUUCAACAUGUGCAGCAAAGACAGGUCCUCCGACCAUUACUCGUGCCAGAGUCACAGCUACGGGGACCUCAGGGAGCUCCGACAGGCACGCUUCCUCCUGCAGGACAUCGCCCUGGAGCUCUUUUUCCAAAAUGGAUAUUCCAAGUUUCUUGUCUUUCACAACAACGAUCGGAAUAAGGUCUUCAAAAGCUUCUGCUCUUUCCAACCCAGCUUGAAGGGGAAAGGCGUCACAGAGGAGCCCCUCAAUCUAAGGAGAUACCCAGGCUCCGACAGGACCAUGCUGCAGAGGUGGCAGAAAAGGGACAUCAGCAAUUUCGAGUAUCUCAUGCAUCUCAACACGGCAGCUGGAAGGACCUACAAUGACUAUAUGCAGUAUCCAGUGUUUCCCUGGGUGCUGGCCGACUACACCUCACAGACAUUGAACUUGACGAAUCCCAAGACUUUCCGUGAUCUCUCAAAGCCCAUGGGGGCUCAGACCAAGGAAAGGAAGCUGAAAUUCAUCCAGAGGUUUAAAGAAGUUGAGAAGACUGAAGGAGACAUGACCGUCCAGUGCCACUACUGUACUCACUACUCCUCGGCCAUCAUUGUUGCCUCCUACCUGGUCCGGAUGCCACCCUAUACCCAGGCCUUCUGCUCUCUGCAGGGCGGAAGCUUUGAUGUGGCAGACAGAAUGUUCCACAGUGUGAAGAACGCGUGGGAGUCGGCCUCCAGGGAGAACAUGAGUGACGUCAGGGAGCUGACUCCGGAGUUUUUCUACCUGCCCGAGUUCCUCAUCAACUGCAAUGCCGUGGAGUUCGGCUGCAUGCAGGAUGGGACAGCACUGGGGGACGUGCAACUCCCUCCCUGGGCUGAUGGGGACCCUCGGAAAUUCAUCAGCUUGCACAGACAGCUGCCCCUCUCUGAGCCCCAAGCCCCUCAUGUGCAGCGUCCCAGGGCUGAACCAGAUAGUUCUGUGUAUGCUCAUCUCAGUGAGGAGCAAACCCGGCUCCGGCAGCACUCAGAGCAGAGGUGCCGCGGUGACUCGCAUGGGGACACCGCCGCCGCCUCUGGCCAUCUGUCCCUAAUGACCCGUGUGGUCUGCGUCUGUCCCCCGUCUCUCCAGCUCUUUACGAAACCCCACCCAGCCAGGAGCGCUGCGGGCAAGCCUUCACCUGGAAAGGAUGCCGUCCUGCCUGGGAGCCUGCCCAGCCACCCACAGCCCUUCUUCUACAGCCUGCAGGCGCUGAGACCCUCCCAGGUCACAGUCAAAGAUAUGUACCUUUUCUCUCUAGGCUCGGAAUCCCCCAAAGGAGCCAUUGGCCACAUCGUCCCUACCGAGAAGACCAUCCUGGCCGUGGAGAAGAACAAGGUGCUGCUGCCCCCUCUCUGGAAUAGGACCUUCAGCUGGGGCUUUGACGACUGCAGCUGCUGCCUGGGGAACUAUGGCUCCGACAAGAUUCUAAUGACGUUCGAGAACUUGGCUGCCUGGGGCCGCUGUCUGUGUACCGUGUGCCCAGCCCCCACAAUGAUCAUCACCUCCGGGGCCAGCGCUGUGGUGUGUGUGUGGGAGCUCAGCAUAGCCAAAGGCCGCCCAAGAAGCCUGCAUCUCAAGCAGGCCUUGUAUGGACACACCCAGGCUGUCACAUGCCUGGCAGCAUCAGUCGCCUUCAGCCUCCUGGUGAGUGGCUCCCAAGACUGUACCUGCAUCCUGUGGGACCUGGACCACCUCACCCACGUGGCCCGCCUGCCUACCCACCGAGAGGGCAUCUCUGCCCUUGCCAUCAGUGACGUCUCGGGCACCAUUGUCUCCUGUGCGGGAGCCCACUUAUCUCUGUGGAAUGUCAACGGACAGCCCCUGGCCAGCAUCACCACUGCCUGGGGCCCUGAAGGAGCCAUAACCUGCUGCUGCGUGAUGGAGGGGCCAGCAUGGGACACAAACCAUGUCAUCAUCACUGGGAGUCAAGACGGCAUGGUUCGGAUUUGGAGGACUGAGGACAUGAAGACGUCUGUUCCUGGGCUAGCAACACCAGAGGAGCCCUCAGCUCCACCUCCAAGCCCUAGAGGUCACAGGUGGGAGAAGAAUCUUGCCCUGUGUCGAGAGCUGGAUGUCAGCCUCGCUCUGACCGGGAAGCCCAGCAAGACCAGCCCUGCGGUGACAGCUCUGGCUGUGUCCAGAAACCAGACCAAACUCCUGGUCGGCGAUGAGAAGGGGAGAAUAUUCUGCUGGUCUGCGGAAGGGUAGGAAGAAAGAGAUGGUGGAGGUCUGGCCGAGCAGCGUGCGUCCUGAGCGGCAGCGGCACCCCACGAAUGCGGGCUGAUGCAGUGCCUGGGGUGCAGAGGAGUCUCCCCCAAGGAAGGGACUGCUGGACCUCACAGCUGCACACCCUGAGCCACUCCAUGGCCUGUGGGACUUCGGCCUUGGAUUGUCCAAGGACACGCUCUAUAAAAAGGAGAGCACCUGGGAGCCUGUGAGCAAUGACCUAGAAACCGUGACUCGCUCACAAGCUGCCCACGAACUCACAAGACUCACCUUUCCAGAGGGCUUAUUUCAUGGGAAAAAAAAUUGGGUCGCUUACUGGAAACUAAUGGGAAAUAUUGGAUUGUCUUUAUUUUAUUAAAACAACUGUUUUCCAGAUA